AUGGCCGAAGCCACUGUGGAGGAUGUCCUCGUGGCCCAGGGCUCCAGCCUCCCCACGCUUCCGGCACGGCAUCUCGUGAAGGCUGGGCAGGGCCCAGUGAAGCUCCCGUCGCUGCAGCGGUCAGCCUCGGAGUCUGCGGUGACAGCCGUCAAGAAGCUCCGCCCUGCAGUCUACGGGAGGCGCUGGGCCAGUGAGAACAAGCGCUUCCUCCACAAACGCCAGCAGCGACGCUGGCUAGAGCAAACCGCCCGCACACGCUUCGUCGACUUCACUGCCGAGGAGCGAGCGGAGUUUCAGCGCUACUUCGACUACCUCAAAGGACCCAACGGCCUGAUUGGUGGCGAGGCGAUCGAGGACAUGCUUAUCGCCCUCGGUGUCGUGAACACUCAGGACGAAGUCUCUGGGCUUAUAGACAAGAUCGACGACCAGAAGAGCCGAGAACUGGAUUUCGAACAGUUUCUGGAGCUGAUCACAGUCAGAAAUGACUCCAAGACCAUCCGAGUGUUCAGAGAUAUGCUGGAGGGCAAGCUCGGCGACCGGAACCUGAAUUUCCAGACGGUCUUGUCACAGUAUCGUCGCCAGAGACUCCUCGACGGCACAGGCUGCAUGGAGCGCUGCUCUCCAGAGCAGCGGGAGCUCGGGUGCAAGGUCUUGAAGAACUUCACAGAGCUGACUCGCAACCGUACCCGCAAGAGGAAUCCACGAGAUGAAGUGCUGGAACUUUUCGGGGAUGAGGAGGAGGUAGAGGAGGCUCCCCUUGGCGGCAUGAAGACGCUGUGGCGAGGCCUCUGCACUGAGCACAACUUGAUGCCGUCACGGCCGACUUCGGGUGCCCGCGCGCUGGAACGACCGAAGUCACCGACGGAGAUCCUGGCACCUUGCCAUCAGAUCACCUGUAACAGAUUUAUAGAGCGGAAAGAGCAGUGA